GGGACGCAGUUGCAAGCAGUGAAGCAAGGUGGAGGCACGAAGACAGAAGACCAGGUUAAUGAAAGCAUGAGGUGGCUCUUGGGCAGCAGCUUGAAAAAAUUUGGACACGCUGACAGGGGAAACUAUGACUGGCUAAACAGUGAACCAGGUGGGCCACUUCUGGAAACAGAGCUUCAGAGCAGAAAGCAGACAAGUUCAACGAAAGACGACAUAGAACCAUUUCUGUGCAUCAUAUUGCCUGCCACCAUGAUGCUCUUCCUGGCAUUCCUGCUGCUCUUCCUGUACCGCCGUUGCCAGCGCCCCACUCAGCAGGGCCAGAUCUUCAGCAUCGACCUUCCUGAGGCCCUGCCUGAACAUGAUGUGUCCAAUUUCCUUUCUGCGCUGCCCUGGAACAGCGAACAGAGUUUCCACUACUCCACGCUGGUCCCUGAUGCCACAUUCCUCUCUCUAUGUUUGCCUCCAUCAUAUGAGGAGGCCACCAUGAAGACUUCCGUGGAAGAGGCUCACAUUGAGCUCUCUCCAGACCCAGUGCCUCCUUAUGAGGAGAGCAUACUGCAGACCAGCAGCGCCAAAUAAACUUCCUAUGGAAGCACCUUAGCUGAAGCAUGCAACCCCUCAAGCCACAAAGGUAGAAAUGCUAUGGCCUUUAAAAUUUGUGAAAAGAUUCCAAAUGAGGCACUAAACCAAUGAAUUUAUGCAGGAAGAAACUUGAAGUAACGGGGAAUAAGUCUCUUCACCUCAUCCUAGGACUCUUUACCUUUCAUUUGUGGCAAGUGUACACAUGGUAUAGCAUCAAAUCUGACCCAGACUGGUAGCAUGGGUA